AUUACAGCUGCUUUUGUGUAACUCAGGUCUGUUAAGUCUCAUCCCGCUCUUUUUUCGUUAUUGUUGCCGCCAUUCAUUUUCGUUGUGUUCAAUGUCGGCUUUAUUUGAGAAUGUGAAUUUUCGUCCCUGAGGAAUUUAAUAUAGAAGCAUUGUGGGUCAGUUUCCGAUUGAGUUGUAUUCUAUCUUCGAUAAAUACGCCUAGUCUUCAAUAAGUACACCUAGUUUCAUUUAAUGCCAAAAAUGGAGGGUCCCACUAGUGCAAGUCGUAGAAAUAAGGAGAAAGGAGAAGGUGGUGUAGACCAGCCGGCAGAAGAGUACUCUGUAGAGAAAGUGUUGGACCGAAGAUGGCGGAAUGGGCAUGUUGAGUAUCUUCUCAAGUGGAAGGGUUACUCAAAUGAAGAUAAUACAUGGGAGCCUGAAGAAAAUUUAGACUGUCCAGAUCUGAUAGCAGAGUUUGAAGACAAUCGCAAGAAGAAGGAGGCAAUGAAGAAGGAUGAGGCAAAGAAAAGGAAAUCCACACCAGGAACUGAUGAGAAGAAACCAGCUGCGAAGAAGAAACACGUUGAGGAAGAUAACAAGCCUAGAGGAUUCGAGCGAGGCUUAGAUCCUGAAAAAAUAAUUGGUGCUACAGAUUCCAGUGGAGAGUUGAUGUUCCUCAUGAAAUGGAAGGGCACGGACGAGGCGGACCUGGUGCCGGCGCGCCAGGCCAACGUCAAGUGCCCGCAGGUGGUGAUCGGCUUCUACGAGGAGCGCCUCACCUGGCACACGUCCAGCCACGACGAGGACGACGGGGGCGUGGCCGCGGCCAAGGGAGCCGCCUGAGCGCCCCCGCUCGGUCCGUCCGUCUCACCGUCUGGAUUUCCAACGAAUGCUGCCAAACACGUUCGGCUCCAGCCUGCGUUUCAUUGAAUGGUUUUCCAAAAAAAAAAGUGUUUGUUUUGAUUUUGGCAGGGGUGUUUUUGUUGCUGUCUUUUAAGUCUCAAAAGCAUUCUGAUUUUUUUUUUUAAAGGUGUGUAACGUGCUCGUGGUGCCAAAUUAGAUUUUUUUUUAAUACACUGUUAUUUUAACUUACUUUCCAUCUUGCCUUGCAUGUCUUUAAGUACAAUAUACCAUUUUUAAUUUAUUUUUUUAAUCUUCAAAACAUUUAGAUUCACAUAAUUAUGUACGUAUGUAAUCUGAUUAAAUUAUAUUUUUGUUUGUUCAAUAGUUUGUUUGUAAUGAUGUUAAGAAACAAAAAUACUAAUGGUUUUUUAUUUUAACUUUGGAAUAUUACAAUUUCAAUGUAAGUUUUUGAAAUCAAAAUAUUUCAUUCUGCCAGAAGUCCAGAUUAAUUUUUAUUUUGGUGAUUUAUUAAAUGGUAAUUAAUAUUUUGUAAAAAAUAGUGGUACAUAUAUAUUGUGCUUUGUAAAAAUUAUUGAUCAGUAUUUUCGUAUCAGAUUAUAACAAUAUGUAAAUGUUUUCUUACUUAAUUACAAAAGGUAGCAAUAACAGAAGAAAAUUUCGCUGUAUAUUUUUUUCAUUAUAUUUUAUUGUUACAGCUAUUAUAUUCUAAUUGUAGGCUCUUGUAUUGUUUCACAGCGUUAUUAAUGUUCUCAGGAUAUGUUUGGAAAAUUUUUACAAUGUAGCAUUUAACAUCCUAUUUGAUUGAGGAAUGUAAGUCUCUAGUCUCUCCCCGCACUAAGUGUUACAGUUGUAACUGCUAAAGAAUGUUAAUGUAAGAGCACUUGAUUGAAACUUAGAAUGGAUAAGGAACAGCCCAUUUCUCAUUUGUAGUACUAACUACAUGUUAUUCAUGAAAGUUUUUUUUAUGUAUAGACAGUACUUAAUUGCAAGUACCAGAUUUUAAAAAUGCCCAGUGUUCUGUAUUUGGUGGUUGAGAAACUAGACUUUCUCAUUUCUCUCAUGUGAUAUUUAUUUUUACCAUUAGAUAGCGUAGUCUUUCAACAAUUAAUUUGUAAGAACUGUAGUAUAGUUACAAUACACAAAGCAAGCAGUAGUUGUGUGUUUUUAGUAAUGUAAUGUGUAUUUGUUUGUCAUGCCAUUUCCUGAAUCUGUAAAAUUUGAUAGUCAGGAAAACAAGAAUAUUUUUUUAUUGAAUCAGAAAGUCUAGAAUGAUUUUUUUAGUAGUGGUAAUAUAAGAUGAUUAUUAUUUUUCAUCUUCUAGUGUACCGAAAUGUUAAUAAAUAUUUUUUCAGUUCAUGACAAGAGCGUAUACAUUUCUAAACAAGUAGGAAGUGGGGAAAAUUUCAUUUUUCGUAACUCAGCCUCUUUCAUGGAGGGGGAGGGUCCAUGAUGUCAUACAAUAAAAAACCAUCAAAAGGAAAAAACAAUAUUUUCUUUUAAAAAAAAUUGAACGAUAGUUCAUUAAGAAUAAUUACAAAUUUUCUCUAACUACAGCUCCUUGCUGUAUUUCUACUUUAGGGACCUUGUCCCUUUCCCUCCUGGAUACGCCCAUGAUUGCUGUACAUACAUACUGUAAUAUGAACAAAAAUUUGUAAUAUUGCAUAUUAAUCCUUUUUUUAAGUCACCUUCAACUUGUUGAGCCCUUGAAGAACUGGGUCCCUUACAAUUUACAAUUAGUGUUGGGUCUGGCAGAUUCCAUCUAUUUGAGUGGUAUUGAAUGAUUCAAGAGUCCAAUGUUUUUUGAAUUGAAGCUGGUCAUUUCUUCCCCUGUAGCACAAUAUUUGGAUUUUUAGUUAUAAUAAGGGCAUCAAACUAUUUAUCAAUAUUUUACAUUCAAAUAUUGUGCAGAUACUGCACUAAUUAGCCAAAAUUGCACUAAUCUGCCAAUAACCCUCUAAUUGGUUGAUACCCCACUAAUUUGACUAAUCAUGAUUUUAAAAUUGUUUUUUAUGUAAUCAGUAAUCCCAAUUAUGAGAAUUGAACUGGAAUCAGAAUUGAAUUUUUGGAUUGACCCAACACUAAUUUUGUUUCCAAUAUUCACCCACGUACUCAACAGCCAAGUGAAGUAUAUUACUGUA